AUGCCAAGAGCCAUUACAAUGCAGAAGAUCGAGGGUGGGAAACCGGGGAAGGUUUACUAUCCUCUCGAAGUAACCCAACAUACCACCCCUUCCCUAUCCCCUACCUCCCUCCUAGUCCAAAUCCAUACCGUGGCUCUGAACCAUCGAGAUCUAUUCCUCCGUCAGCAUCUGUACCCCUCCCCCUCCUUCACCACCCCCCUCUGCGCCGAUGCCUGCGGCUAUGUUUCUCAGAUCGGUUCCGCCGCCUCAAAAUCCUGGCUCGGGAAACGUGUGAUUCUCACUCCCGGCCGCGGCUGGCAUUCCGAUCCCUUCGGCCCUGAAGAUGCCGGCGGGUAUAAAAUUCUAGGGGGCACGAGUACUAUUCCGAUUGGGACGCUUAUUGAAGAGGUGGUCAUUGAGCAGGAGGAGGUGGAAGAAGCGCCUGCGCAUUUGAGCGAUGAGGAGGCGGCGGCGCUGCCGCUUUGUGGAUUGACGGGGUGGAGGGCCUUGGUUGUGAAGGGGGGAGAGGGGAAUGUGGGGACGGGGAAGAAUAUUUUGAUUACGGGAAUUGGAGGAGGGGUCGCGUUGAGUGUGUUGCAGUUUGCGGUGGGGUUGGGGAGUAAUGUUUUUGUUAGUAGUGGGGAUCAAGGAAAGAUUGAGAAGGCGAAGGCAUUGGGUGCGAAAGGGGGAGUGAGUUACAAGAGUGAGGGGUGGGAGAAGGAGUUGAAGGGAUUGUUGAAGGGGUAUGGGAAGGGAUCAUUAGAUUUGAUUGUUGAUGGGGCCGGAGGAGAUAUUGUUAGGAAGGCGACGAAAUUGUUGAAGCUCGGCGGCACAAUAGUCCAAUACGGCAUGACUAUCUCCCCCAAAAUGGACUGGUCCAUGCCUGCCAACUUGAUGAAUCUCGAGCUCAAAGGCUCAACAAUGGGAUCCCGAAAGGAAUUCAAAGAAAUGGUUCAAUUCGUUAACGAGCAUAAAAUCAAACCAGUAGUAUCAAAAGUUGUUAAGGGGCUCGAUAAUUUAGGGGAGAUUGAAGAAUUAUUUGAGGAUAUGAAGGGGGGAAAACAAUUUGGGAAACUAAUUAUUGAAGUAAAGGGAUCAGAUGGAGGAGAGGGAAAGGGAAAGGAGAGUAGAUAG